GCUAUUAUUUGAUUCGAUAUCUCGAGAGUGGAAGACAAGCAAAGUGAAAAGGACAACAAAUAUAAAGGACGCAAAGGAUAGAUAGGAAAGUGUGGAAUUCUGGCUUAAAAAAAAGAGAUGCGCGAAAGGAGAUUCGAACUCCCGACCUUCGCAUAUCGUAUUCCAAAGGACGGUUACGAGUGCGACAUCAUAACCACUAGACAACUCGCGCUACAAUCCGGAUUUUUGCCUUAUGAAAUAUACAUGUUUUACAAGCGACCACCCGCUGUCCCAAUGUGGUAACAUGUCCCCUCGCACCAUUGAGGGGCAUUUUGUCAACAUCCACCAGAUUAGGUUGCGAGACAUCCUAAAAAGAUAUACACAAUUCCAAUAGCAUACCAUGGGCGACACGGGAAUUUCAAAGGCAGAGCGUCUGCUCGUCACUUUCUUCAAAGAGAUCCCCGCUCCGCUGGUCGCACAUAUCCAGCGCCAGUUCCCUGAGACCGAGGUCACUAUUUACCAGUCCCAGAAAGGCGUUCCGGUUCCAAGAGAGUUAUGGCAAAAUGCGACGCUGGUCUGCACGUUUACCGACCUUCCGGAUCCUGAGGAUGCUGGCAACAUUAAGUUGAUCCAUACUGUGUCUGCUGGAAUCGACCACUUUGUCCACCACCCUAUCAUCCAGAACUCUACCAUCCCCAUCAGCACCAGUUCCGGCAUCCACGGUCCUCCCAUGGCAGAAUGGACCGUAAUGAACUGGUUGACCUCUGCGAGGAAAUUCCUUCAUUUGAGUGAAGCGCAGAAACAACACAACUGGGGAGAUGUCGAAGAGUACAUGCCCACUUGCACUGAUCAAGUCGGGAAGAAAGUGGGCAUUUUGGGAUACGGAAGUAUUGGACGACAGAUCGCAAAAGUAUCUGCAGCCCUUGGUAUGACCGUUCAUGCAUACACAGCAUCCCCACGGCCAACGCCCUCCUCGCGACGCGACACCGGCUAUAUUGUCCCCGGCACCGGCGACGCAGAUGGCACAGUCCCAGUCUCCUGGCACCACGGCAUAGACAAAGCAUCCAUCCAUGCGUUUCUCUCUUUAGGUCUCGACCACCUAGUUAUCUCCCUCCCGCUCACCCCACAAACCACCCACCUCAUCGGCGCGGAAGAAUUCUCCCUCCUCGCCGCGAACUGCACCCAUCCCUUCAGCAAGCCGUAUGUCACCAAUAUCUCGCGCGGAAAAGUCAUAGAUCAGGAUGCGCUUGUGGCAUCGCUCAAGUCUGGAGAAUUGGGUGGCGCUGCGUUGGACGUGACGGAUCCUGAACCUCUGCCUGCUGAUCAUCCAUUGUGGGAUGUGCCGGGUGUGCAGAUUAGUCCGCAUGUUAGUUCUUUGGGGAAGGAGUAUUUCCCAAGAUCGCUGGACAUUCUCCGGGUGAAUCUGGAUAAGUUGAAGAAGGGUGAGGAAUUUGUAAAUGAGUACAAGCGGGGGAAGGGGUAUUGAGCCUAUUCCAGUACAUAUAUGGACCUCUACGACUCAUGUCUGAAGGCAAACAUAGUCAUCUUUGUUCGAUAGAUUCUGAAAGCUAUAUACACAAUUUCAAAUAGAAAUACAAGGCCAAGCAUUCACCAUG